GUACGGGCCGUUCAAUCUUUUUUGCCUCCCUCGGCGGGCAUUGCCUGGUGCACACGGUUCAUCGAUGGCACAUGCCGGCAGCACCCGAAAUGAGGACAUCAUGUCCCAACAGCCCUAUCGUCUUCCACAACCCCGAUUAUCUCCUCGGUCCAGAAGAAAAGCUUACGAUAUUCGUGAGAGUAGCAUACGAAUGUUCAGGCCAGUGAUCUAUAGUCACAACAAUCACCACAUUCCUUGGUCUGGACCAGAGGACGAUCCUGCGAUGAAGCAUCGUCCGAAUGCCCACGAUCCAAGAUGCAGCAGCGGUGACUUCGACAUCUCAACAGAAACUAUUGAUCCCGACCCUCGCGCUCCUAUCCCAUGUCAUCAUGAAUAUCGUCCAGUCCAGGGCCCUUACUCGUUGUUUCCUCAAACCAACUCGUCAAUUCAUGAGAAUGUUAUGAACUAUAGCUCAUUUACACAGCCUCCUAGCGAACAUUUCAAGAGGUGCUCGGAUUUCGAAAGGCAGAUUAGCCGUGUCGACCAAUCUCAGUAUUCGAUGAACUCCCCUCGUAUGAAGGACACAAGCUUGGUGCAGCCAGAAAAUCAGCAACAUGUCAGUCAAGAAUACGAAAAGCAAAAUACGAGUGCAGUUCAUGAUCCUGCAAAAUCGCUGGAUGAAGCUGAGAGUGAAGAGGGAAAAAUCCAGUGGGCCGAUUACUCCCUUCGAAGAUGGUCGACUUCCAGUUCCAACUCUGACUUCACCGACACAACUGAACUGCGAGACGCAUGCCAGUAA